AUGUUUGUCAGUGUUAAGGAGCGCGCGCGCCAGAUCGCCAACGGGCAGUUCUCAGCAGCACCGACGGGCGCCCCAGUCGCGUCUUUGAUCGAUCUUACGCCAGAACCUAAACCGGGGAGUGUUGCGACAGCGAAGAAGAGCUCCUCCAAAGACACGCCUGCGAACGCCCAGGCUUCGUCCUCGAAGACCAAGUCAUCGAAAACUGCGCCGACGAAGGAACCAACACUACAGGUCGCAACCCCGAAAGCCACACCUCCACCAACAACAGUUUUGACGACGACACUUCUGAAUCCAACACUCCCGAACCUAACACUCCCGAGGACCACACUCCCGAGGACCACAUCGCCUGCAAAAGCAUCUACACCAAAGAAACCCUCUUCAAAGACAAAGGCCACCAAGGAGCCGACGUCAAAGCCAUCGUCCCCCAAAAUCGGAUCCCCCAAACCCACAUCAUCAAGCCAAGCCGCAUCCCAAGCAAAAGCUCCCUCUACACCCAAACUCACAUCAUCUCCAAAACCCGCCGUUGCCGCAAAACCCGCCUCAGCAAAGACGCCCUCGACACCCCCCCAAUCCAAGCGGUCCAAGUCACCUCCCAAGCGCGUCGACUCGCCCAUCUCCGACCCGGACGCCGACGCGCUCACGAUGCUGAAGAGCGCAUGCCUGAAGCAAGUCUCCGGCGUGACGGGGCUCGGGGGGCGGCGGCUGACGGUUGUGCCCAAGCAGCGGUCCUCGGGAGCGUGGUACGUGGCGCUCAAGGACGCGACGUCGGACAGGUACCUCACGAUGUGGACGCACCGGGACAAGACGUUCGACACGCCCGAGGAGGCGCUGGAGGCGUAUUUGGCGUUUGCGAUUCGGAUGCGCGAUGGCGUUAGGUGGUUUCCGGUUGGGGCGCGGGCGGGGAGUCCCAAGGGGAAAGGGAGGUGA